AUGUUUGGGAGGGGAACGGUGUGGUCAGUGUUGAGGCGUGGCAAAGAAGCAUUCGGAAUUCCCAAGCUAAGAGGAACGACGACGUCUUUCUCUUCUUCAACCCAACCACCACCUUUCAAGUUUCUAACCCCUCCAGUCGCCACCUAUUACAUUCAUGCUUUCCGAUCCCAUCUUAUUCCCAAGGGUCAUCAUGUUCGUGUGCCACACAUGAGGAACUUUUCUAAGAUGAUGGCCACUGGAGCUCAACACAAGGAGGAGGGGUUGAAGCUGCUUGUGAGUGGGGGCUCUCAUGCACAGAAAGUGGUUGGAAUAUGGCUCUUUGGCUCUGCAGCAUGGGUGUUCAGCAUGGUGGUACUUGGGGGUUUAACCAGACUCACCCGAUCUGGUCUUUCAAUGACUGAUUGGAAAUUCACCGGCACCCUCCCUCCUUUAUCAGAUGAGGAAUGGUUGCAAGAGUUUGACAAGUAUAAGCAGUCACCUGAGUACCAACGUGUUAACAGGGGCAUGAAGAUUGAAGAAUUCAAAUUCAUCUAUUGGAUGGAAUAUGCACAUCGUAUGUGGGGAAGGGCAUUAGGAGUUAUGUUUGCUUUGCCAUAUUCAUAUUUUCUUCAUAAGAGGUAUAUUACCUUGAGAUUGGGAGUGAGACUCUCUGCUCUGUUUGCCCUGGGUGCUGGGCAGGGUCUCAUUGGUUGGUGGAUGGUCAAAAGUGGUUUAGAGGAACCACCAUCUGAAUAUUCUCAGCCAAGGGUGAGUCCUUAUCGUCUUGCAGCUCAUCUUACAUCAGCAUUUGCUAUUUACUGUGGCCUCUUUUGGACUGCACUUUCUGUUGUUAUGCCUGAACCACCCGCUGAAUCGCUAACAUGGGUUCGUGGGGCAGCUAAAGUGAGGAUACUUGCAUUGCCUAUCAGCGUGCUUGUUGGUCUUACUGCUGUCUCUGGUGCAUUUGUUGCGGGAAAUGAUGCUGGGCAUGCAUUUAAUACUUUUCCGAAGAUGGGUGAUACAUGGAUACCGGAAGACAUUUUUGAAAUGAAGCCUCUGAUUCGAAAUUUCUUUGAGAAUACGUCAACUGUACAGCUUGAUCACCGUAUACUUGCAACUGCAACUCUGAUUUCAAUGGGCAUUUUAUGGUGGUCAACAAGAAAGUUGGACAUACACCCUGCAGUAAAAUCUGUGAUUGGAGGCACUGUUGGCAUGGCAGUUCUUCAGGUCACUUUAGGAAUUUCAACGCUUCUUUCAUAUGUACCUGUUUCACUGGGCACUGCUCAUCAGGCUGGAGCCUUAACACUUCUGACAUUUAUGUUACUGCUUAAUCACACGGUUCGAAGGCCGUCUCUGUCCCUUCUCAAAUCUCUGCCUCAAGUUGUUAAAUCACACUAA